UGAAGUCGGCCUUUCUGGGUCGAAUAUGGGGUAGUGUGGAUGCAAUUCGACGAUAUUGGCCUCCGGGAGCUAUCCCAGAGUAGUCCACUGUGACCGCUCUGGACAGCGCUCUUAACUCAGAUGCACUGGCCAGGUACACAGGAAAAGGCCUGUGAACUUUUGAAUUUCAUUUCCUGUUUGGCCAGUGUGGCAAGGUGCAGGUGAGUGCAGAUCUCAUCAGCACAGGUAACCAUGAUGGAGGCCCAGGAUUACAAAAGGGCUCCAGCGUGGACCGAACAGGAGGUACGGGAUCUGCUCGCCAUAUGGGGAGAUGAAUUUGUGCUAGCUGAACUCUGUUCCAGUAAAUGAACUGCCAAAACAUUAGAAAAAGUUUCAAAGGGCAUGAAGGACAAAGAGGCCAUAAUAGGGACACACAGCAGUGCCACGUGAAAAUUAAGGAACAAAGGCAAGCCUACCACAAAACCAGAGAGGCAAAUGGAAGGUCCGGGGCAGAGCCACAGACAUGCCACUUCUACGCUGAGCUGCAUGCCAUACCCCAACCUUGUGCUUUGACUCCGUCAAUGGAGAAUGACACAACACCGAAGCGGGUUUGGGGGAUGAGGAAGAUGAUGAUGAAGAGACUGACGAUAGCUCACAGCAAGGAAGCAGAGAAACUGGUUUCCCCAACAGCCAAGAUAUGUUUUUCACCCUGGACCUGGAGCCAGUAUCCCUCAAAUCCACCCAAGGCGGGCUCCCGGACCCUAAGGGCAGACAAGGGACCUCUGAGGCUAGCGAAGAUUAAAAGGCUAAAAAAAUGCACUCGGGAUGAGAUGUUCUCAGAGCUACUGCUGUCUUCCUACACUGACAGAGCACACCAGAAUGUGUGGAGGCAGAUGAUGUCAGAGUGCAAGAAAGCACAACAGAACACGAGGAGAGGUGGCAGGCUGAAGAGCAUAGGUGACAUCAGCUUGCUGACAGAAGGCAAAAGUCGAUGCUCCAACUGCUGGAGCAUCAAACUGAUAUGCUCCAGCAUAAGGUUGAGCUGCAGGAAAGGCUGCAGGAGCACAGACUGCUGCUACAGCCCCUGUGUAACCAACCACCCUCCUCCCCAAGGUCCAUAGCCUCCUCACUCAGAUGCCCAAGAACGUGAUGUGGGGGCCUCCGGCCACCCAGCCACUCCACCCCAGAGGAUUGCCCAAGCAACAGAAGACUGGCCUUCAAUAAGUUUUUAAGUUUUAAAAUGCGGUGUAGCCUUGUCCUUCCCUCCUCCCCCACCCUACCCGAUGCUUCCCUCUGCCCCCACCCAUCCUGGGCUACCUUGGCAGUUAUCCCCCUAUUUGUGUGAUGAAUUAAUAAAGAAUGCAUGAAU